CAGGUUCCCCUUCGGUGUGCUCGGCCUGGCACAUUUUCUUGUUGGCCAUGCACGCUUUCGGAGAAGUACAUCUGCCUUGCCAAGUGAUUCUCCAGUCCCGUGGCGCCUUUUCGGAGCAUUUCUAACAACAACACCCCAGACCACCAGCACUCACUGCACAGACCAGGGCUCGCAGCUCGGACUCUGACCGGGCAGGACGGGGUAGCACCGCCCCCGAGGACCUGGGGCUUCCCUUCCGGUCCCCACAGCCCCAGGGUCCCGCCGAGCGCCUAAAGCAGCCUGGCCGCGGGGUCGGGCUUUGCCUGUCACGCGGCGGGAGGAGGUAGCCCCGCCCACGAGGGCGGGUCUCCAGGACGGAGCUUCCGGUGGUGGGGGCGCGCGCCCGGCUGGUGGGGUUGGUGCGCGCUGGGCGCACCCGUGUGCCCUUCACCGUCUGCGAGGCGGCCGCGGGCCCCUCAGAAGUUCAGGGCUAGACCCCUCCCCGGGGCCGCGCCGGAGGGAGCCCGAGGAGCGCCGGCGGCCGUUCCUUGCGGGUCACAAAGGGAAACCCGAAGUGGAAGUGUGGCAGCUACCUGAGCUCCAGCUGCUCUUCUUCCCUAAGAAGAUCCAUGAGACACUCCUCAGGAUCACCUAAGUGGGUCAGAGCAUCCUCAGCACUAGGUCUUGGUGGAGACGCCAGAAUGAGAAGGCGCAAGAGUCCUGGUCCCCACCAACCAGCCUCCCCGGUGACGAGUGCGGGGCCUGGGACAGGGACCACUGUGCUCCUGGCUGCCUCCUCUCCUGCCAUCCUCACCCCGUUCAACCCACAGAGGCCCCCAGCUGAUGUUCCUGUGAUCUUUGAGGAUGUUGCUGUGCGCUUCUCUAAGGAGGAAUGGUGCCUCCUUGAUGAGGCUCAGAGACACCUGUUCCUCGAAGUGAUGCUGGAGAACUUUGAACUCAUAUCCUCUCUAGGUUGCUGCUGUAGAGCAGAGGAUGUGGAGGCACCUACUGAACAGCAUGUUUCUGUGAGAGUGUCACUGGCCAAGAACCCCAAUGUAGCUGUGUCCUCCCAGAAGAGCCACCCCUGUGAGAGUUGUGGACCAGUCCUGAGAGACAUUUUCCACUUGGUUGAGCAGCAGGGAACACAACACAGCCUGAAACUAUUGAGGUGUGGGGCAUGUGCAAAGCAGUUUUAUUUCAGCAAGAAAGCCAUUGGCUGCAACCAGACGCUUGCUCAGGACCAUGGUGUUUGUAAUGGAAUACAGUGUUUUGUAUGCUGUGAAUGUGAAAAAUCUUUUACAAAAAUCUCUGAUCUCCAUUAUCAUCCGAAAUUGCACACAGGAGAAAGUCCAUACGAGUGCAGUAAAUGUGGGAAAUACUAUAAUCAACACUCCAAACUCAUUCCACACCAGGGAGUUGAUUCUAAAGAAAAGGUUCAUGAGUGUGGCGAAUGUGGGAAAUAUUUUACCAGAAUCUCUGGUCUUUAUUGUCAUCAGAGCCUCCACACUGGAGAAAGGCCUUAUAAGUGCAGUGAAUGUGGGAAAUCUCUUGUCAGGAACUGUGAGUUGAAUUAUCAUCAGAAAUGUCACACUGGAGAAAGGACUUAUGAGUGCAGUCAGUGUGGGAAAUCUUUAACCACUCGCACAGGCCUCCGUUAUCAUCAGAAACUUCACACUGGAGAAAAGCCUUAUAAGUGCUCUGAAUGUGGGAAAUCUUUUGUCUGGAACUGUGACUUGCGUUAUCAUCAGAAAUGUCACACUGGAGAGAAACAUGAAUGUAGUCAGUGUGGGAAAUCUUUUACCAGUAAGUAUAACCUCCAUUGUCAUAAGAGAAUUCACACUGGAGAAAGGCCUUAUGAGUGCAGUCAGUGUGGGAAAUCUUUUCCCAGUAAGAGUAACCUCUGGCAUCAUCAGAAACUUCACACUGGAGAAAGGCCUUAUGAGUGCAGUCAGUGUGGGAAAUCUUUUCCCAGUAAGAGUAACCUCUGUCAUCAUCAGAAACUUCACACUGGAGAAAGGCCUUAUGAGUGCAGUCAGUGUGGGAAAUCUUUUACCAGUAAGACUAACCUCCAUUGUCAUAAGAGAAUUCACACUGGAGAAAAGCCUUAUGAGUGCAGUCAGUGUGGGAAAUCUUUUACCACUAGUGCUGCCCUCCGUCAUCAUGAGAGACUUCACACUGGAGAAAAGCCUUUUGAGUGCAGUCAGUGUGGGAAAUCUUUUACCAGUAUGCGGAGCCUCUGUUGUCAUCAGAGACUUCACACUGGAGAAAAGCCUUAUAUGUGCAGUCAGUGUGGGAAAUCUUUUACCAGUAGGGGGAACCUCCGUUGUCAUCAGAGACUUCACACUGGAGAAAGGCCUUAUGAGUGCAGUCAGUGUGGGAAAUCUUUUACCAGUAAGGGUAACCUCUGUCAUCAUCAGAAACUUCACAGUGGAGAAAGGCCUUUUGAGUGCAGUCAGUGUGGGAAAUCUUUUACCCUUAAGGGUAACCUCUGUCGUCAUCAGAGACUUCACACUGGAGAAAGGCCUUAUGAGUGCAGUCAGUGUGGGAAAUCUUUUACCAGUAAGGGUACCCUCUGUCGUCAUCAGACACUUCACACUGGAGAAAGGCCUUAUGAGUGCAGUCAGUGUGGGAAAUCUUUUACCUAUAAGAGUAGCCUCCGUUGUCAUGAGAGUCUUCACACUGGAGAAAGGCCUUAUGAGUGCACCGAAUGUGGAAAAUCAUUUGCCCUGAACAAGCAGUUGCAUCGUCAUCAGAGAGUUCACAGGAGAAAGGAUUCAGGAUUGCAGUGAAUGUGGAAAAUAUUUUGCCAGAAACACUCACUUUUGUUGUCAUCAGAGUGUUCACAGGGUGUGCCGAUACAUUUGAAGGGAAUUACUUUCAAAGACCUUGAAAAGGGCCGUGUGUCCUAAUGUCUGCAAUUCCAUGGGUGAUGGUCACUUGGGUGUAGGAUAGUAGGGUUUAAGGCAAAGCAUAAUUACUACAGCAUCACUGGCCUAAUAUGGAUUGUGCAUAAUUCUUAAAAUGGACAUGGGUUUCAUUUAUCUUUAUCAAUAACUCAUAAUGUAAUGUCCAUGUCAGAAGAGAGGUGAAUUUUUAACUUAAAGAAAUUAGGAAGUUGUGAAUUAAGCCAAUUGCACAUUUUUGCAUUCUUCCAGCAGUGUAUGACAGAGUUAAUUCCUCCACAUCCUAGAAAAGGUUUGGUCAGUUUUCCUUUAUUUAAACUUUUUUUGUAACUUUGUCAUGCUUUAUUUACUGUUGUUCGAUUGCAUUCUUUCUAAGGCUUAAUGGUGAGCCUUUUUUCAGAUGUGCAUUUGCUAUCUCUAUAUUUGGUUAAAUGUCUGAGCAUAUGUUCUGCCAAAUCUAUGAAUUUUGGCAAGUUUAUUUAACAUACGGACAGUGAAACAAAAAUGCAGGUUAGAACUUCACUCAUUUUGUGUCUUUUUUGCUUUGUAGGAUAAGUGUUUUUCAUAUUGGAAAAAAUAAAA